AAGAGAGAGACAUUUAAUGAUGUACGUCAAGCUUAAUCUGAAGGUAUUCUUGUGUGGUGGGAGGCUGAUACUUGGACCAGAUGCAGCAUCACUGCUGCUGUCAACGUUCCUCAACGUCAGCCCAACCAUCGUCUUCUGCUACCAGAUGAAAUCCAAAUUUUACAACUCUCAGGAGCACACCACUGGGCAACAGCAUAUGCAUCGAGGCACUGCUGAUAGUGAUCGUCACAACAAUUAUGGUCAGUAUAUGCCGUCAUCAAGUCGUCACUGCAACUUUUUGAGCAGCCUCUUUGUCAUCUCUACUUUCAUACCAGCAAUCAUAUGAAUCCACAACGAUUUCAGCCUUAACAUCUGAAAGUGUGACCAUCCAGUACUUCAAGAAUUAAACAUUCCAAUUGCCACUAGAACGUAAAACUGAACAACCCAUGGCCUCAAAUGCUGGAUUUGGUCUUCCUCUAGAUGACAUCUGCUAGAGACCCAGGAAUAGUACCAAGAAGAGUGCCACCUGAAGCUGAUGAGUUGCUUGGCUCCAGCACACCAUCCAUGGACUGGAGCGUCGGGAGAACCCCACGGAUGAGGUUCCGUCAGCCAAAGGACGUCAUUGUGAAUGGUUUCACAGUGAAGGUGAAGUUUUGCGAGACCUGCCUAAGGUACCGCCCGCCCACCAUGGAAUUUCCAUCGAUAUUUGCAUUCUUAAAUAGUUUCCAUUGGCCAAGAAUAAUCACCAUUGUUUUUUCAUGUUCCUUACAGAGGAACUACCGCUACUUCUUUCUGUUCAUAGCAACAUCGACUUUCCUGUGCAUAUUUGUCUUUAUUUUUUCAUGUUGUUUGACAACGUAUGAGAACUUCAGAUACCACUAUGAUAAGGACGACGAUCCCUACCGAAAGAGCAUAGCAGCAAACUUUGCGGAAGUGUUCUUUACCAAUAUACCUCCUCCGCUGAAUGAUUUCAGUUCACGGGUAGGUGAGGGAGCACUUGAAGCCGGGUUCUACACUCCAUAUAUUGGUCUGGAUGUGACAACCCCAAGGAAAAAGAAUGAUAUAGACAUGGAUAACAAAGAAGUACUUGUUGGGGGUAUGCAGAUUCCAACAGUACUUCAGAACAUAGACUAUGGUUCAUUUGAAGAUAGUUCAGAUGACAAGAACAGGAACGAGGGCGAAAAAUCAGGGCAUUUUCCUUCAGCCUGGGCACAAGGAAAUGAAGGUGCUGGAACAUCUGCAGCAGCUACCACAGCAUGCAACGAUGAAACAACUGAGGACGAUGUUAACGAAAUUAGUAGUCCAAAUACAUCUUCCACACAAACAUCUGCUGAAGCUAACGCAGAAUCACCAGGUGAGUAUGAUGCUAAAGAAAGUAAUAGUUCAAAUAGAACUGCCCAAUCUUCAAAGGACAAGAGCUGAUAGCUUUGUUUUACUUGUGUACAACUGGGAGCUUGUUUGCAGAUAUGACCAUUGUGAUUUUGAGUUGACAUCAUUAACAAAAAAAAGGAAAGUGUAGUACUAUUCUUAUUAUAUACC